CUGUGUAACGCUGAAUGUUGCCAACUCGCCACGCCUACAAGGCGGAUACGUGAUGCGUCAUUGCGGUGACGUGUAGUUGUGACGCCAGUCUCGCGUGAUGAGACUUCUGGCGGGAUAUUUUGAAAGACGGGAAGAUGCAGUUAACAGCUUUGCGGGAGCUGAACGGACUCCUUUCAAGUGUAUGUCAUUUUCCACCGUUUCAUCACCUCAUGGUUUAGAACUUGCCUUAAAAUGUCUUCUGAAAGAACAUCAACCAGACCCGAUGGGGUUCUGUCUGCUCAGAAAAGGACCCAUUCUAAACCAAAUGCUGUAAAUAAUAUUUUUGGGAGCCCUGUCAAGAGGGGACCUUUUGCAGAUGGUAUCAGGGAAAAGCAGAUAAAAUUACUAGCCUCUAAUAAGACUAAAGAUGUAAACACAACGUAUGUAAUAUCUGCAUGUAAAAAUUUGGAGUCCUCUUUGAAAACAUCAAGGCCUGAAUCUAAAUUUGUGCUUCAGAGAAGAGAAAUGAGCAGUAAAGGAUCUUCUCAUAUGGAGAAAGGUCCAGAGGCAAAUAAUAUACAGGAUAAUACUGACAGACGUCUGACUUUACAGAGGCGACUGAGAACUGGUUCAGCUGAAAAUGCUCGGCCAGACAGAAUCACAGAGGAAGAACUACAGCACUGCCAUCCAACAGAAAAUCUGAAUUCAACACCUGGCCUUCUAGCCGGACCUUCAAAGUUUACAUCAAGCAAAGAUAUACAUACUGAAAUGGAGAACAAUGUUUUUGAUGGUGUUCGUGACAAAAUUUCUUAUCAAAAAUCUGAAUUAAGCAGUGCAGAAGCUCUGAAUACUCAGGAGAAGUGGAGAUCAAAGGAGACGCAUAAGGCACAGCCUAUGGUUGGAUCUAUAGGUAUAAAAGCAAAUGAUAAAGGAAGCAGUUUGGGCAAAUCAGGGCAAGAAAAGAAGACUCCUGUAACAAAAAAGAAUUGUCUUGAUCAGCAGAGGAUGCCACAGCUUGGUGCCUCCAAUUUGUCCAGGUCUUCUUCAUUACGCAAUACUAGGAGUCCACAGGUCACACCUAAACGUAUAGUUGGCACUCUGCCAGCUUCCCAAAUGAAAAACUCAAGUACUGCAGGUUCUUUAUAUUCAGGGCGCACUGAGAAGUCAGCAGAGGUGUGCUUAUCCUAUGAUGAAAGUCAGCUGAAAGAUGAGACUGCUGUCAUAAACUUCAACCUAGGAGACGAACCCUUAAAGGCAGAGAACAGUGCCGUUACAGUUGCUGUUAGAGUCAGACCUUUUAGUAAAAGAGAAGUAAAUGAGAAGACGGUUCAAGUGGUGUUUAUGAAUGGCCAAGAAACUACUGUUCAGCACCCAGACUCCAAGCAGAACUACAGCUUUUGUUAUGACUUCUCUUUUUGGUCCUUCGAAAAAUCUCAUCCUGGUUUUGUGGGCCAGGGUUUAAUGUAUGAGAAGCUGGCUGUCCCUUUAUUAGAGUGGUCUCUCUUGGGUUACAACACCUGCCUGUUUGCUUAUGGCCAAACAGGCUCAGGAAAAUCAUAUACUAUGAUGGGUUUUGAUGGAGAACCAGGAAUAAUUCCAAGGUUCUGUUCAGAUCUUUUCUCCAGGAUUCAGGCAACAAUGCAACAAAAGCUCUCCUUCCAUCUGGAAAUGAGUUACUUUGAGGUGUACAAUGAAAAAAUACAUGAUUUGCUGAUCUUCAAAGCAGAGAAUGGACAGAAGAAGCAACCGCUUAAAGUGAGGGAGCAUCCUGUGUCAGGGCCAUAUGUUGAAGACCUUUCUAUGAAUGUUGUGUCUUCCUUUCAAGAUAUACAGAGCUGGUUGGAGUUGGGAAACAAGCAAAGAGCGACAGCUGCUACAGGAAUGAAUGAUAAAAGCUCCAGAUCUCAUUCUGUAUUCACUCUUGUCAUGACCCAGACCAAGACAGAGUAUGUGGAUGGACAGGAGCAUGAUCAUCGAAGAACAAGCCGGAUAAACCUUGUGGACUUGGCUGGGAGUGAGAGAUGCUCAACAGCACAGACCAGUGGAGAGAGACUAAAGGAGGGAGUGAGCAUCAAUAAGUCUCUGCUGACUUUGGGAAAAGUGAUCUCUGCUCUUUCAGAAAACUCACAGACACGCAAAAAGACUUUUAUUCCUUAUCGGGAAUCUGUCCUGACCUGGCUGCUGAAGGAGAGUCUUGGAGGAAAUUCCAAAACAGCAAUGAUUGCUACUAUUAGUCCUGCUGCCACUAAUGUGGAGGAGACAUUAAGCACUCUGCGCUAUGCCAAACAGGCUCGUCUUAUUAUUAAUGUUGCCAAGGUUAAUGAAGACAUAAAUGCUAAAAUAAUAAGAGAACUAAAAUCAGAAAUUGAGAAAAUGAGGGCAUCCCAACGCUCUGCUAAAAACAAAGACUCUGAGAAAUACAGACAAUGCCAGCACGAAGUAACAUCAUUAAAACUUAAACUGAGCCAGCAAGAGAGGGAAAUGUGUGAACUAAGGAGGGCAUGGCGGGACAAACUUGAACAGGCAGAACAGAGGAAAAAAGUGGAAAUGCAGGAACUCCAGAAAGCAGGAAUCACAUUCAAGAUGGACAAUCGUUUACCAAAUCUUGUUAAUCUAAAUGAAGAUCCUCAACUCUCAGAGAUGCUCCUGUACAUGAUAAAACAAGGACAGACCACAGUGGGCAAAUACAAAGCUGGCUCAUCCCAUGACAUUCAACUUUCAGGAGCUCUCAUAGCAGAAAAUCACUGCAUUAUCACCAACAAUGAAAACAUUGUGUGUAUAAUACCUUCUGGAGAUGCUAAAACAUAUGUCAAUGGAAACCAGAUUUCAGGAUCGACCAUUCUACACCAUGGUGAUCGCUUGAUACUGGGAGGACAUCAUUACUUCAGGGUUAACCAUCCCAUGGAGGUCAACAGGCUAAAUACAACAACUCAAGUCUCUGAUGGACCUAAAGACUUUGAGUUUGCCAAAAAUGAGCUCCUUUCAGCCCAGCGUUCUCAGCUAGCGGAAGAGAUUGAAGAGGCUCGUCUAAGAGCCAAGGAGGAAAUGAUGAAAGGUAUACAGAUUGCCAAAGAGAUGGCCCAGCAGGAACUCACUUUUCAGAAAUCUGUCUAUGAAGAGAAGAUCAAGGAUUUGGAAGCACAGCUGAAGAAAGAGAGCCAAAAAAAACAGUUGCAGGAGAUGAACAGCAAGAGGGCAACUACACGAAUCCAGGAGCUGGAGGAGGUGAAAAUUCACCUUCAGCAGGAAGUUCAGUUUAACAAAAAGCGAUUAGAAAUGGAGACACUUGCAACAAAACAGGCUCUAGAAGAUCACACAGUUCGGCACGCCAAGAUCCUGCAAGCUCUGGAGGCAGAGAAGCAGAAAAUUGCUAAAGAAGUGCAGAUGCUUCAACAAGAUAGGAACACUCGGGCUGUACAACCAACUUGGAACAAUAUGAAGCUUUCUGUGAUGAUUCAGGAGGCCAACAGUAUCAGCAGCAAAUUAAAGAAGCACACAGUAUUUAGCAGGCAUGAUGUAACAGAUAAGGAAAAUCUGCCUACAAGUCCAGUACAAAUACAAGUGAAAAAUCUCAAGCUGGGAAUUGUGACGUACUGGAGCUUGGACAAGUUUGAAUACAAGUUGGCAGCUAUGAAAGAUUUGUAUGAGAACCAUGGGAGUACCAAGGACGAUGAUGUGUUUUAUGAUCCAGGAGAUGAAUGGGAGCCAGACUUGUCAAAUUCUUCAGUUUCCAAAUUUUCCCGGCGCAAAAGUUUAAUGAAGAAUAGGAGGAUUUCUGGGUGUUUGUAUGAAAUACGAGUCCAUCCAAUCCAGAGUUUACAGUCGGGACAUACGUCCGGUCUGAUGAACAAAUCCAGCAGCUUUCUGUCAUGUUCCAACAGUGUCACCUCAAAUCCCCCUGAUUCCCAUUUGCCCGGAAUCUGUAAGGAUUUAAUAGGUUCUGCCCUGGAUUAUUUGGGCCGGAGUCAUGUGGAUGAAAGUAGUAUGGCUGACAGCAUGAUCGACAGUAUGAAAAGAGUAUGUAUUGGGGUCCGAAGUGUGUCUCUGGCGUUUGAGCAACAAAAAGAUGACAGCACCGAUAUGUUGUUUGUGGUUAAUCGUGAGGCCCAGUCCCACAGUGUACAGCUGACAUCUGCUUUUCAGCAACUGGUUGUGCUAAACAAGCAUUGGCCCAGUCUUUUGCCAGAGAGUCAGGAAUUGAGUAAACCUGCUGAUAACUUGAGCCUUUACAUUAAAAAGCUUGGAGGGUAUCUUCAGUUGCUAUUACAGGGUUGCGCCUCAGAUAUAUCCUCUAUGGUUACAGAAGCAAAAGACAAGUCUUCUCACAUAGCAGAGCAAAUACUACAGAACAUUGGACAUCUGGCAGCACUCACAAAUACAGAAUUGCGUUUCCUAGAAGUGGAAUUAAAAGAUGAGAAGGGACUUGAGACAUCAUUUUCUCAUUCAGUUAGUGAAGGUCUGCGCACUGGGCUACAAUGCAUUGUGGAGUCCGUACUGAAAGCUGCACAUGAUAUACACACUCAAAUUCAGAGAAUCUUUGUUCGAGAACAGCAUCUUACAGAAAUCAAGAGGAAUAUAAUCAAAUUAACCACCUUCCUACAAAAAUGCUUGGCAGACUGUGUAAAGCUCAACUUCGACAUAUUGCUUAGAGAUUCAUCCUUCAGUAUCCGAAGAGACUUGACCAUUGGGCUCCGCAAUCUCAGAAGUACUUUGGAGAGACUCAGACUGGUUGUAGUUUCUGCACUGGAAGGUGCAGAUGCAGAGGUCCCCACUCUUCUCUCAUUAAUACAUGACACUGCUGAAUGUUCAUCUCAGAUAAACAGAAAUCUUCUUACUCUGUCACCUCAAGUUAUUGGUUUACAAGAGCUGGGAGAACUCACGCAGUCUCUGACGCAGAGCUUUUGCAGAGAGCAAGCGGAUGGGCCCAGCAUAAACAGAGAGCAAGUGGUUGGGCCCGGGACAGACAGAAAGCAAGGGAAUGAGCAUGCUCGGCUUUUACACACUUGGCAGCAUAAUACAUUUUCCCCCAGUGCUAUACAAUGGGUAUAAAAUUAGUUCUCCACAAGUUUCUGCAACUGCUUCAGUACAGUUAAAUCCCUCAGUUAGUUUAGGCUGAGACUUUGGGGGAGGCACAUUUUUAUGUUAUAUUGGUAAACCUCACUUGUAAAUAUGUAUACAAUUUAAUAUUUGACACCACAUUUUAAAAAUAUAUUUAUCUCAGAUGAGAACAGCUCUCUCUGGGGCUACAACUGCCACGUUUCUAAUGGCCUCAUUUAAUUAGGGAACUUUUGCCUUGUUUACAGAAAUAGGAUUAUUUUAAAUAACUAAACUAAGGAAGAAAGUAACACUCCUGCCAUUUAAGUAGCCCUUGUCUGGCUUCUUGAUAUCACUGCACUUCAGAUGAUCUGCUGACAGAAAACAGAGACUCAUGCGAAUGAUGCAACGGGAUUCACCCUAUUUAGCAUUUACAGUAACAACAGAACUCUUUUGGGUCCCUAGCCUCCCUUUGCUAGGUAUGAUGUGGCUGUGUACUACAGGCUACAAGUAUGUGUAUAUGGAACUGUCCCAUGUUUAGCUUAGUGUGGCUUCCAUCAACUCUAUAAUAUGUGAGUGAAGAACUGUCACAGCUGUUAAACUAGAAGUCCUUGUAUCUACCUAGUUAUAGAAAAGCAACGGGCAGUGUUCAAGGGUCUAGUCAUUGGUGCCGCCAUAGCUUCGGUCUUAAAAUAUUUUAGCUUAAGCUUUAUGCUAAAGAGUUCGGGGUGUUUUAGCAGCAGCUAGCAAUGAACAAUAUAGAAUGAGGCAUGCAAGGGUCUGAAUCAGAGUUCAUUAUCAUUGGGAUAGCUGCAUCAGGGAAACUCUGCCUCUUCUAAUGUUGGCUUGGAACAGCAUUUAUAUGUACAGCCUAUCAGCGUGUGUUGGAACAUUGCUUAUUUAGUGUUAAUCAUGAAUAUUUUCUAUAAUAUAUUAAAUACUGAAUUGGAACUCCACAUCAGUGUUGAUUAAAUGUGCACACUAUGUCACUGAAACAUCAAAUGCGCUAUAAUGUGUACCAGGGCUGUCCUAUUCAUGGACUUCUUGCUGCCGUUCAACUGUAACACUCAGCAUCUACCAUCUUGUGGUGGUAGUGCAGAGAGUUGUAGCUGGACAGCAGCUGGAGUGUCGCGGGCUUGUCCUAAUUUAAUAAAACGUUUAUAUGGCACCAAA